AAAUCAUUUCUUUUGAAUAGUAAAAACUUCCAUAACUACCUUUUAGAUAACUAUAAAAAAUAUUUUGAAUUUCCAAAAUAAAGGAUUGGGUUAGAGAUGCUCUAUCUCAAUUCUUACAAUUUCCCACCCUUCUCUGGAGUGAUUUGGUGAGAAAAGGAUAGAAAAUAAAUAUGAAUCCAAUCAAUCAUUUAAGAAUUUUUCAGAUGACAAAUGGUGGAUGACCUAUUAAGUUCGUGUCUGUGUUUGUAUCUGUGUCCGUGUUCUUGAAUUGUUCACCAGAUUAACUCUAGUGCCCGUGACUCGGAUCUUUCACUGUAAAACCCGACCUUCGUUUUCCUCACUGUCAACGACUGGAACUCAACCAUGGCCAUCGAUACGGUCCCUCCGCUGAUAUACGCGCAGCUCAAUUACCUUCUCACUCACUCUCCUCUCCCCAUCAAGGUUGAACAGAUGUGGUCUGGAUCUAAGAACCACAGCUUGCUUGAUCGGUUCACCCUACUCAUUCCCUUCUGCCUCGACUACAUCAAAUGGGAUGUUAUAUACAAUGCACUUUAUCCAUUAACGGCUCCAGACAUCAUCUUUGGACCCGAAGAUGAGAGCUUUCGUCCAUUUCCUGUGUCUGGUGAAGAAGGAGAUAUGAAGUCUCCAAAGAACAGCUUGUCUGAUUGGAAUUGCAAAGACCCUACUCGGCUGUUGUCUCUCAUUCUUGAACUCAGGGAUUUAUAUAUGACCUACCAGAGGAAGCGUGUUGGAGAUGUUGAUGAUGAGAGAGUGAAAUUUGAACUCAGCACUAUUUUUCCCAGAGAGGGAAUCGAAAUGUACAUGACCUCAGGUGUUGAGAAGACUGAAGAGGUAAGAUUUGCAGUGCCUUUACUGGAUAUGGAUAUAAAUAAAAUGGUCACCGGGUGCCCCUGGCGACACCAGCAGAAGAUAUUCUUACAGGUUAUAUUUCCUGUUGGCAGAAAAUAUAUGUCUGCCUCUGCAGCGCCACGAUUAAAAUUGGUAUCUUCUCCUGAACUUAAGGCUCUAUUCUCCAUUGAAGAUUUCAGGCUUCCUGCAUGGUUGGAUGGAAUGUGCAUGGCCGAAUAUCUUCCCAUUUUAGAAGAGAUGCUUCAGACACAGAUUGUAGAUGGAGUUGCAUCUAUUGAUGUCAGAAGGAAGUUUAUUGCGGCACUAGCUCCUCUUUUUGGACGGCCAGUGGAAGCUGAUCCAGUCUUUUGCAGAAAGGCAACAUUUCUGGGUUCCUCUGGGGUGUUUACGUUUUUGGUACAUUUUUCCCUUCCACUCCAGUUCCCAAAGCAAUAUCCAGCCCUGAUGCUUCAAAGUUCUCAGCAUUUCAAUUCUUCAAGUGCACCCAUCAAAUCACCUCUUUUGACGGAUUUUCCAUGGAGUCCUAGAUGGGAAUCAUCAGAAAUGGCUGAGCGGUUCUUUGAUUAUCUGGUGGAAGAAUGUUUGAACUUCAAAAAGUAUUGCAACGAGAGUCAGAUUCAGCAACGUUAGUGUGUGGAGGGGCUUCUAAUGUUAGUUUAUCUCACCGUUGCUAAUGAACAGGAAGACGUUAUGUUUAGGAUAGUUCGGUACAUUGGGUGUUGAAAUGAUUUCCUUUUGAGAGAACUGGUUCAUGUAUAAAGCGAAGAGAGAAGAAAGAAAUCCGACUAUGGUUCCUUGCAAAGUUGUCAAAAGAUGGAGCUCUGUGAAUUGGUCCAUCGACUAUCUGGCAUGGAUUUUUGAGAGAGUGCCUGUAUGUACUAUGUUGUACUAGUAGCAAACUCUUGCGAACGUCUUGCGCUGUUAAAAGCAAGAGUGGAUUUGGUUUCUCCUGUUUUAAUGCUAUGGUUGGGUUUAGCUCA